AGAGAGGGAGCCAAGGGAGCCUCGCCGAUAAAGCCCAGCAACCAUGGGGGCCCGAGCGGGGCAGGAGGGGCAACUGGGCAAGAGGAAGAGAAAAGGGAAGUGGAUGACAGCUUGAUCGGCACAAGGACGCUUGUGGAAUAUGUUGAGCCCAAAGAUCAGGCAAACCAGGAGGGCCCGCUCCAAAAGCCUGGUGAUGGGGGAGCAGAGCCGGAGCCCUGGGCGGCCACCCUGCCCCCACAGGCUGGGCCCCAUACUGAAGGAGGGCUGGCUGAAGAAGCAGAGGAGCAUCAUGAAGAACUGGCAGCAGCGCUGGUUCGUGCUGCGUGGGGAUCAGCUUUUCUACUACAAGGACAAAGAUGAGACCAAGCCGCAGGGAUUUAUUUCUCUGCAAGGCACCCGGGUGACGGAACUCCUUCCUGGCCCCGAGGACGCAGGGAAGCACCUCUUUGAGAUCAGCCCAGGUGGUGCCGGGGAGCGGGAGAAGGUGCCGGCCAACCCCGAGGCGCUCCUGCUCAUGGCCAGCUCCCAGCGGGACAUGGAGGACUGGGUGCAGGCCAUCCGCCGGGUCAUCUGGGCCCCACUUGGCGGAGGAAUCUUUGGGCAGCGCCUGGAGGACACGGUUCACCACGAGCGGAAGUAUGGCCCCCGCCUGGCCCCCCUGCUGGUGGAGCAGUGCGUGGACUUCAUCCGGGAGCGUGGCCUCAGCGAGGAGGGGCUCUUCCGCAUGCCGGGCCAGGCCAACCUGGUGAGGGACCUGCAGGAUUCCUUCGACUGUGGGGAGAAGCCGCUGUUUGACAGCACAACAGACGUGCACACGGUGGCCUCCCUGUUGAAGCUGUACCUGCGGGAGCUCCCUGAGCCUGUGGUCCCCUUCGCCAGGUACGAGGACUUCCUCAGCUGUGCCCAGCUGCUCACCAAGGACGAGGGGGAGGGGACGCUGGAGUUGGCUAAACAAGUGAGCAGCCUUCCCCUGGCCAAUUACAACCUGCUCAGAUAUAUCUGCAAGUUUCUAGACGAAGUUCAGUCCCACUCAAAUGUUAACAAGAUGAGUGUCCAGAACCUGGCAACUGUUUUCGGACCUAACAUACUUCGGCCGCAGCUGGAAGACCCGGUAACCAUCAUGGAAGGCACAUCCCUGGUCCAGCACCUGAUGACGGUCCUGAUCCGCAAACACAGCCAACUCUUCACCGCGAGGGCCGAGGAAGGGCCAGCCUCCCUGCGUGGGGGCCCACCGUGCACAGUGGGGUGGGGCUCCGAGGAGGUCCCAGGGGACCAGCCGGAGCCCAGCAGCCCCGGCCCCCUCGGCCUGCCGUCACACAGGACCUCUUCUCUGGACGGGGCCACCGUGGCGGCGCUGUCUAGGACCUCCCCCAUGGGUCCGGGGGGCCGAGGUGGCCCAGCCGCCGCCAGCCCUGGGAAGAAGGUGCAGACUCUGCCCAACUGGAAGUCUUCCUUCUGGCAGCCGGGGUCCCGGUCGGGGAGCCCAAAGGUGGGCAGCUCCUCCCUGGAGGUGCCCAUCAUCUCCUCCGGAGGGAACUGGCUCAUGAACGGGCUGUCCUCCCUGCGUGGCCACCGCCGGGCCUCCUCGGGAGAGCGGCUCAAGGACUCGGGCUCUGCGCAGAGACUCUCCACCUAUGACAACGUGCCCCCCCCCAGCGGCCUCUUUCCCAGCACUCCCAGUGUGGCCAGCACGGCGUGGUCGGGGGCCUCCUCUUGCGAGGCAUCGGCCAGGGCCUCUGUCAGCAGCUGCACAGCCUGCCGGGCCAGCGACUCGUCCGCCUGCAGCUCCCUGCCCACCGAGGGGGGCCCGGAGCCGUCCCCUUUCCCCAGCAGCAGCGACGACCGCAGAUCCCCGGACCUGGCCCGCGGCCUGGACGAGGUGGGCACCUGCAUCAGCAGCAGCGAGCCCAGUGACCCAGGCAGCCCCACCCAGGACUAUGCCCGCUGCUCCGAGGCUCUCCAGGGCCUGGUCACAGAGCUCAGGGCGGAGCUGUGCCGGCAGAGGACUGAGUACGAGAUGAGUAUGAAAAGACUCGAAGAAGAUAGUGCCCACCUGAGGAAACGAAUGUUGCAGCUAGAAGAAGAACUGGACCAGGAAAAGAAAAAGUACAUGAUGCUGGAAAUAAAGCUGAGGAACUCAGAGCGGGCCCGGGAAGACGCGGAGAAGAGGAACCAGCUGCUGCAGAAGGAAAUGGAGGAGUUCUUCUCAACCCUGGGAAGCCUGACUGUGGGGGCAAAAGGUGACAAAGCCCCCAAGUGAAGGAGGGGGAGGAGUUCCCUUCCGCAGAGGUGCUCGCCCACCCCUGGGCAGAGACGGCCGGUGGCCUCGUGAGGAGCCACGAAGCCCCACAGCUUGGACCUGGGCCUCACUGGUGCCAGGAGCUCCAGCACCAGCUGGAGGGAGGAGCCCCGACGCCCCCAGUGGGGGCUGUUGGGAGCCCAAGCCCCAUGUGGGAUCUGGGUGCUGCUCCAACCAUGCAGGGCCGGGCAGGUGUCGGAGGAAACGGUCUGGUGACCCACCAAAGCAUGGCGCCUGGGAGCUGGGCGGCCUGCUGGGAACACUUUGCAUUCUGUAUUAAACCUGCUCUCCUAGCAUGAGGCUGGAUGCCGGACUCCUCCUUUAUGGUCAUGCAGGAUUGGAGGUUGGGCUUACCAAGUUGCUCGCAGGGUUGGAGGUCCCCGGGGUGUCCCCUGGGCUUCAGAAGUGGGGUGGGAAGCUCCCUGGGGAGCACCCAAUGUCGUCACAGUCACAAUCUGUGCGUUGCUCCAUCCUCCCAGCGCCCAAAGCAGGAUGAUUUUCCUCAGGCCCUCUGCCUCUGAGCUGCUGCCACAGGGCCUGGAAUCCCUCCCUGGCCUCCCACUGUAACCUGCUUGCCUUUGCUUGGCCCCAGCUCUGUUCCAGGCCCAGAGUUUAGGAAUCCAAGCCCAGCGUGGGCGACACACGCCUCACUUCUGCCCCCAGGCCCAUGCAGGGGCACAAGGCAUGUGUCUGAAGGUGACACGGUGAUGGGAAGUGCCCAUUCUCUGUCCUCCACAGCCUCAGUCUGUGUCCGGUUUCCCUUCAGACUCCCAUCUAGCUGGUGCUGAUCCCUCUCCUGUGCCCGUCCCCCCUCCUCCAGCUCAUCCUCAGACCUCAAGUCUCCAUGAAGGCAGAUCCCUCAAGAAAACUUUUCCCUGCACACACGGUGCAGGCCUGGGCCAGAGCUCCUGGAGAUGGGCUUAGGGAGCACCAAAGGAGUGGCCUCUCAGAGGAGAGGACUGGCCUCCGGGGCACUGGCUGUGUCCGUGACCCUUCACUGACUCCUGCUCACAGCGUCCUUACAUACCACCUCCUGCCACCCUGCACGCCACAGUGCCCCAGUUGAUGACCACUAUCUCUGGAAACGUCCCUCAGGGGCAACCACCCAUCCCCCUAGAGCCAGGUAUAAACUACUGCACUGAGGCUUUAAAUACCAGGGUCUUGGUGCUCCCAAGAAGAGCUCACUUCAUACCAUGAGAUGAAAGCGCACAGGCGCAAGUCAGCUGGGAAUCCCUACGGUGGGGAGGCAGGCUGACCCCAGGCCUUUUGCUGGGCUGCCUGUGGCCGCACCAACCAGGAAGCCAGGGGCCUGCCAAGGGCACUCAGCAGCAUCAGUAGUAAGUUCCCUUGGGGGGAUGGGGCGCCUGCGUGGCUCAGUCG